AUGCCAUCCGCGAGGCGGAAGAAAACUACCGGCCAUGGAGGCUUGACCUUUGUUAAUGUCCAGCAUCCCGACGAUAUCAGAAUGAAAUGCAAUCAGACCGUGAUACGAAGCGGCGCGAUGGCCGCCAUUGGUCUGACGCGACGGAAGCGACCCCGGCCAGUCACGAUCGAACUGGAAGUGAAGGAAGACGUGCAGUACGGCCACGUCUCGAGGCAAGAUACUCAUAGAGAUGUGCACUUCAUCGUAUCUAGAGAGUCCACUGUCUCGGCCAAUGUUGAACCACGGUUGCCGAGCAUUGCGGCAGCACUUCCUCACUUGGGCCACUUUGCCGUCGAACCCGACAGGAGAGCACGGGAACUCCUCUCAUUCAUGGAGGGAGAAGCAAGUUACAUCUACCGACCCUUCCGGGCCGAAUGGUUCAAUAUGGCCGUUUUGGAACCCAGCGCGUACUAUCUCUGCCUCGCCAAUGCGGCCCUGUUUUUGAACCAGUUUCUCACGGGCCACGGAGGACUUGAGUAUACCGACUGCGUUGAAUCUUCCAAAUACUAUGGUCUAUGUUUGAGCAGGGUCACCGGGCAGCUCGCCAACCAAUCCCGUGGUAUCACUCAAGGUUUAAUCACGACUGUCCUUGGCUUUGUUUGUCAUAACCUGAGUUUAGGAAACUGGGACCGCUGCGACAUGCACCUCGAGGGACUAGAGCGUAUCAUAAGUGCUCGAGGAGGGUUCCACGGCCUGGGCCCUUAUGUUCCAUACUUUGCUUCCUGGUGA